AUGGAAGAAGGCAACACAAGGAGCGGCAAGUUCAAGAAGGUUUGUGUGUUUUGUGGAAGCAACUAUGGCAACAGACAAGUCUUUAGUGAUGCUGCUAUUGAAUUGGGAGAUGAACUGGUGAAACGGAAGAUAGACCUGGUGUAUGGUGGAGGAAGUGUUGGACUGAUGGGUUUAAUAUCCCAGAAAGUGUAUGAUGGAGGCUGCCAUGUUCUCGGGGUCAUUCCAAAAGCACUCAUGCCCCUUGAGAUAUCUGGUCAAACUGUGGGAGAAGUAAGAACUGUUGUGGACAUGCAUGAGCGUAAAGCUGCCAUGGCUAAGGAAGCAGAUGCCUUUAUUGCUCUUCCUGGAGGAUAUGGAACCAUGGAAGAGCUGUUGGAGAUGAUCACAUGGUCGCAACUUGGAAUUCAUAAGAAACCGGUUGGUUUGCUAAAUGUUGAUGGAUAUUAUAACUGCUUGCUUGCAUUAUUCGACAAUGGUGUCAAUCAAGGUUUCAUCAAGCCUGGUGCUCGGGACAUAGUUGUCUCAGCUCCAACAGCCAAAGAACUUAUGGAAAAGAUGGAGCAAUACACUCCUUCCCAUCAACAUGUGGCACCUCAUGAAAGCUGGGAUAUGGUGCAACUAGGAGGUUAUGCUGAACAGCAGAAUGCACAGUGA